AUGGAGGCUGCGUCCUACGACGCUGAGGACAGCAGCGCGAUCUACGCCAGCCAGGGCAGUGAGGACCCUUUCCGGCGGGUCGCCCGAAAGAGCCAGUUCGAGGACAUGAUCCAGAUGUUACGGGAGAACCCCGGACGCGACAACACGGAGGCUGGCGAAGCCGAGCUUCACGGAGAUGGGUCGCCAGAUCCGGAUGCCAAUGCCAGAAGAUCGAACCCCUACGAGUGGGACUUUACCAACAAACGGAAGGUGAAGUUGACCACGAAGCAGCUGCGAAAGAUGUUCAGUCCCAGGCAGCCUCCUGGCAUCGAGGUCAGCAGCCCGCGACGGACGUACCGGCGCUGGUCGGAGGAGUCCGAUCCGAACUCGGAGUUCGAAGAGUUGAGCUCCUUCGGCGGUGAUCAGGAAGACACCUCCUGGAUCGAUGAGUUCCUCUCCGCGCCCGCGCGCCGCGACUCUUGGCAUGCGCCUGCGAGUCUGAAGGAGAACCAGCUCCUGCGAGUGACCAACGAUGAUCUCCAGGAAGCCUGCCUCCGUGGCGACCUGGGAUUGGUCAAGCGGCUCAUCAAUGCGCGAGCCUCCGUAAAUGCUCCGAUCCGUCCACAGGAUGCCGAUGAAUUUAUGACUUUGUUGCACGUGCUUGCGAGGAAGCCCCACAUGCAGAACUGCAGUAGCAUCAUCGCAGAAAUGGUCCGCAACAAGGCGAACCUCAACGUCAGGAGCUCUUUCGGAACAACUCCGCUGAGUCUUGCGUGUCACGCAAAGCACACGGAGGCUGUGGAGGUCUUGCUCCGUGCGAAGGCAUCGGCCGAUCCGAUCGAUGACUACGGGAAGAAGGCCCCUCUUUAUGCCAUCCUCCCACCCUGGGAUGAAAAUCUUGUGGACAACGCCGAUGAGAACCUGACCGUGAAGACGGUGCAGUUGCUUGCGCGAGCGCGCACGAAUCUCGACGAUGGUGGCGAGAAUUCGCCCAUUGUGGAGUCGGUGUCGCCUGCUCAGGGAGACGGCCCGGCGCCUCAGAAGAAAGCUUUCUACGAGGCGUCGCAGCUGGAGCUCCUCGAAGAUCUCGAUCUCCAGGAUGUUGACAAGAAGCACAAGGUUGUCUUCCAACAGCUCGUCUCGCAGAUCCUCACGAUCAACAGGUCCUUUACCACGGGCAUCCGAAGGAGUGACCUCAAAGAAUGGCACGAGAUGUCCAAGUUCAGGCCAGCGACUUCAGAGGAUCACCAACAUUUCAUGGGCCAGGUCCUGUCGAACGCACAGCUCAUGGCCCAGUCUUCCCGUGCCAUGCGCGCCGUGCACGAGAGCCUCCUGACCGGCGCAGAGGAGAUCAACGAGAAGCCCUUGGAUCGAGUUCAGCUCUUGAGCUUUCUGGCCAAGGCGGUCCACGACACGAAGCUUUGCACGGCCCACCUUUGUUGGCAUGACUUCGUGAAGCCUCUGCGAGAGCACAAGAAAGAGUUGGAGCUAGGCCUCCAGCGGCUACGGACGCAACUGCGGAUGACGCGGGAGACCUACUUGAAGGAAGUGUCGGCACUCCGAGAUCACGCGCGGUCUCGCUGGGAUCCCACGGACGGCUUUUUUGCCGAUGUGGUGCUCUUCUAUGAGCCCCUACAGAGCUUGGAGCCUGAGGAGAAGACCUUCAUGGCCGACAUGGUCAGAGAGGUCAUCAAAAGCCUGGUGGACGUGAACCCCGAGUUCGCGAGGAUUGUCAAUUCGGGCCAGGUAGACCGGCUGAUCUCCGAGGCGCACCAGAAAGAGCUGGAGGACCUCCAGCAGAAGCUGGAUCAGAAGUCCACGAGAGUGAAGGAGCUAUUGGAGGUGAAGCAAUACCUGGAGAGCCAGAUGGCGAAAGGAGGCAAGAUGGCGGCACCAGACAACAGCGUUCUCGUGAAGUACGAACAGAUGAUGCGGCUGAUGGAGGACCAGCUUGGUUGCUUGCGCGUGGAUUUCUGGAACAUGCAGCAGGACAACCAGAAGCUCCAGCAGGAGCAGCAGCAGGCCGACGCAGAGCGUGCGGAGCUUGCCCAAAAGCUGCAGAAGGAGCAGGCUGAGAAUCAAGUCCUCCAGGAGGAGGUGACGCGCCUCUGCGGUGUCGAAGAGGACUUCAAGGACACCAUCCAUCGAAUGGAGAUCGAGAAGAGCAAUCUGAAGCACAGCGUCCACGAGCUGCAGACCAGGGCGACGCACCUCAACCGAGCGCUUCAGCGCCGCGCGCACCGAACUCACGAGGAGAAGGCGCCCGAGCACGCUGGCCAGGAGGAGGCGGAGGAGCACGAUCUGGCGCUACCGUCCGUGGUGGAGUCGGGCUUCGAGGCCACCCGGGCGGCCGAGCGAGAGUCAGAGCUCAUGCGCGAGCGGGACGCGGCGCUGCGGGCCAGGGAUCAGCUGCAAGCGCGCUGCGCAGAUCUCGAGAAGCUGCUCCGUGCACACGCUGCGCAGCUCUCGACUCUCCCUGCACAGCAAUUGGAGGAAUCCGCGGAGGAGUUGUCUCAGCAGGCUCAAAACCUCGGUUGCUCGCCAAGCUUGGUCGAGAAGGUCCGCGUCUGCCAGUGUGGGAACGUGCUGAUGCAAGACGCGCACUUCUGCCGGAAGUGUGGGGGCAAGUGGGAAGGAGGCGCGCCGCCCGUCUCGGCAAGCUCUCAGACCACUGCCGCGCAGAUCGUUGGCCUGAACUCGCAGAUACACGAACUGGAGCAGGCGCUUGGCGAAACAACUCGUGAGCUUGGUGAGAGCCGCGGGGUUGAGGCCUUUCGCACAGAGAGUGUGAGUGGGAUCUCGCAGAGCAUCUCACACCUCUUGCGGCCCAAGUCCUUCGUGACGGUAGAGGACUUGCCGCCCGAGCCCGAGGUCCAGAAGCAGAGGGUGGAAACCCUUCGGCUGAGGAAAGAGCUGGACGACCUGAAGCAGAGUAAACUCCAAGCCGAAGCACGCUUGCUCUCGCAGCGCGUCGAGGAGCUCUCGAGGACGGGAUCGCUUCCACUGGACUUGGGCGAGGAACCCCUCGUGCACAAUGACUUGGUCACAGGGGAACCAAUGAUCCACAGCUGCGACGGCGUAAACUGCAAGUACAGGCGGGAGGCCGAAGCGUCGAAGGAGAUGAUCAAAGCACUCCGGGCGCUGGCCGCGCAGUUGGCUGAAAAGCUGAAGCUGGCCACAGGCGAGCACAUGCAGAUGUCCAUGGCCCUGACGACAAUGCAGGGAUCCUUGGAGGCAGCCGUGCAGGAGGUGGAGCGAGACGUCCGGGAGGUGGAGCUCGGCCAAGAGGUCGACCUGCAGCAAACGCUAGGUAGAGUCAGCACCUCGCUGCAAGAGACCAAGAGGAGAUCUGUUUUCUGGAGGCUCUACCAGAACCGAGGAAAAGGUCGCAGCCAUCGGCCAGUGAGUGGCACUUCCACUUCGCAGACAGAUGGUAGGCAGGACCGCGACGUGCGGGACGGCCGCAGUCGUCGGUUGGACUUGCUUCAGCAGACGUAUGAACAGCUGUACAAGGUGCAUCGCCCCUUCCAGCUCGGCGGAAUUGCACUCCAGAUUGGGGGCCCGACGCCACUAGUGGUGAGGGAGAAAGUGGAAUCGGUAACGCCGCCGCCGCCAAUGCCUGCUCUCCCUGAGCGAGCCUUUCUGCGACACGCCGAAGCGCGGAGGAGCACGCUGCCAGCCGUUACUCCGCGUGUGGAGAAGCCUGCUGAGAAGGUGCCGGCGGUGGCGGAAAAGAAGGGUGCUUCUCUCAUCGUUCUGGGAGCCGAUUUUCCGAAGCCACCGCCGACACCAGAGCCGCCAAAGAGCUGGAGCCAACGACGGCGCAGGUAG